UUCGAAACGUUACCAAAUGGAAAGUAGAUAAAUAGAAUUGAAUGGUCUAUCAAAAAGUAAGAAGAUGGCAAGCGGAGGUGAUCAUGAUUUUGAACUAGGAGAGACUUUAGGAGAAGGAGCCUUUGGCAAAGUAUACUUGUGUUUUGACAGAAAUGAACGAAAUAAAAAGUAUGCUAUGAAAGUAAUUGACCUGACAAAAUCAACAGAUGAUGAACGUGAACUAGCGGAAAAAGAAGCAAGUUUGCUGACAGAUUUACAGCAUGAAUUUAUUCUACAUGCAGUUACAUCAUUUCAAGAGAAAGGUGCAUUAUGUAUAGUGACAGAAUUCUGUGAUCAGGGGGAUUUGUCACAAUUUCUGGAAAGAAGAUGUGGGAAAUCUUUAGAUGAACAACGAAUUGUAGAGUGGUUUCGACAGAUAUGCAGUGCUUUACAGUAUCUACACAGCAGGAAUGUCUUGCACAGGGAUAUGAAGACACAGAAUGUCUUCCUGACUGGUGAAGAUAUGACGGCAAAGCUUGGUGAUCUUGGAUUGGCCAAAGUCCUGGAGAGACCCACAGCCAAAGCUGUAACCUUUUGUGGCAGUCCUUACUACAUGAGUCCAGAAAUAUUUGCCUGUAAACCAUAUGAUUCAAAGAGUGACAUUUGGGCUAUGGGUGUGUGUGUUUAUGAAAUGGCCACUCUAGAACGACCAUUUGAUGCCACACUUAUGCAGCAACUAGUGUUUAAAAUUGUACAUGGUCAGUUACCUCCGAUGCCAAAAGACAAGUACAGUCCUCAGUUGAUUAAUCUAAUGGAGAGGAUGAUGUGUCGAGAAACAGACAAGCGGCCGUCUGCCACAGACCUCCUAAAUGAUGUACUCUUCAAGAAUCAUGAGAAACCAAAAGCACCGCCUUCUCUACCUCAAGGUAAGGGAGCUGGGGGAUUGUCAAUGCGAGGGAGUGCUAUACUUAUCAGUGCCCUCAAUCAGUCUCGCGCAAACAAAUUUGACAUGGGAGGGCUUAUGGAAACUCUUAAUGAAAAGGCUAACCAGGAAAAAAAGAAGAAGAAACCUAAAGCUGCAAAUGCAGAUAAAUAUACUUCAAUCAUACACACUGCAAAUGUAUCUGACAAAUUUUUGGCAUCUAACUAUGAAGACAUGGAAAAGACGGUUACAGACAAGACAAUGAAGAAAGGUUUACACGAAAAAGGAAAAUUUGCCAAGAACCUCCCUCCCAAGUCCUCUAUGACAAGUGUGUCAGACAUUUCAUUGGAAGAUGAUGACUUUGAAAGCACAAUGAAGGCUGAUCAGGCAAGAGCUGCUCUCCCACCCCCUCCGGAUCCACUCCAGAUGAUGAAUCUAGUGGUCAGAACCCUGACACAGGUGUUCCCUAAGGAUGGGCAAGGAGGAAGUGAAGGGGCCCUAAGUAUACCAGAUUCAACAAAAAUGGACCCAGAAUCAAUGUUGUUAUAUCAAAUUGAACAGCUGCAAAAGCAUUGUUGUGCGGUAUUAGGGUAUCAACUUUUUGCAAGGGCAUAUGACCUCUUGGAUCAGACAGACGACAAUAUGAAACUAGAGGAGAAGCUUAUAAGGCUCCUAACACCUGAAAAGUUUGCUGUUGUUGGAGUCCAGCUGUUCUACUGCAAGAAUUUUGAAUACAAUCUGAAUAAACUGAAGGAAGGAGGGGGACAUUCAGAUGCAUAAUGGAAUAGUAUGGACAUUUUAUAUUUUAUGUUAGAAGACUGAUUGACAUGGUUGGUAUUGUAUUGUUACUAAAAACUGGGACAUAAUUUUUAAUCUUACAAAAAUAUUGCACUUGAAAAAAUAUUACUCUUUUUAAAAAGUUUUCACAUGCAUUUAAGAAUGUCAGUAUUAAUGGGGGAAAUGUGUGUUAUUCAAUAUGUUUAGAAUAUAACCUGUGCCCUAUGUAUUGUUAGAUCAUUUGUUGUAUACAUGGUAUAGUACUAAUAAGUACAUUUUCUGAAAAUAAGGCAAAUACGAAAUAAAUUCAGCAGUUGAUCUACAGUGUAAUGUUAUUCACCAAUAAUGUUCAUUCAUUACUUGAUUUUUAGAUAACAAUUUUUGUGUACCAAGUCAAGAAAGUACUGAAAUCAUACAUAUUCCAAAAUUAAAUUAUUGGGUAAAUUUAUAGAUGAACUUUUUCUUUAUACAUCUGUCGUUAAAGAAGGUUGAACACUUGUAGCAUUAAAGGUUGCUGAUGUUUAGCAUAUGUAAACAUAUAAAGCCUUAUAAUGAAGAUAUAUUUGAAUCAAGAUUGUUUUACAUCUGCUGUAUGAACGUUGCAUAAAUUUUUGUAAAUUAUUCUGUUAAUGAGAAUAUCCGUUAAUUAGAUAAUGAAUGGAAGAUUUAUUGUAACCUUAUUGGUAAUAAAAAGAGUUACUGUAAAAUUAUUUAUUUUUGUGGGGUCAAAUUUUCGUGGUUUGAGGUUAAAUUAAUGAUUCAAGGGGAUUUGAUUUUGUUGUUAAAAGAAAAAAAUCACAUUUAAGAUUGAAAUUUUAGCAUUUCAUGGAGGAUAUGAAUUGGUGGGUCUCUUCAUAACAUGAAAACAACAAAAAUUAAACCCCACGAAAAUUAGUGAUUUCACAGUAUUAUUGUUUGUUAAUAAUGUCAAAUUAAACAAUUUCUAUUUGAAACUUUCAGUUUCAAAUUCUUUCAUACAUAUUUGACUUAAUAAACAUUCUAGUCUAGGAGGGCCAUUUUAAGUUGUAAAAUAUAGAAAAAAUAUAUAUAGACAUCAUUUUGUAAUAUCAUUUAUGCUGUUUAUAUCAAAAGAUGAGGCAGAAAGUUUGCAUGAACAGAAACCAUGUUCUUUAGAUAAAUAGUUGGAAAAUUAUUGUACAUAAAAUAUCAUUUUAUGUAUAAUGAUUAAAAAAUAUUCUUAUUAACCCAAUAGUAUUUUGAACAUUUCAAUUGUACACAAAGCAAGAUUUGUAUUUAACUUAAUGAUACAUUUUUCUUUUUUAAUUAUGAGUUAUUGCAUGGAAGAAAUAGAAAUGAAAUUUGAAAUUUAAAGCAAAGCUUGUAUUUCAUCAGUGCCUUGCUUUAUUUAAGCCUUUGUAGAAGUAAAUAUAUGACUUUUUUACUGUAAAUUCUAUAGUGCUCUAUGAUUGCUAUUGAAUAAUUGUACAGUUCACAUGUGUGUAUAUUUCUAAUAUCCCCUUUUAGUUGCUGUGCAAUUCAUUCAAGAGCCAGGGGUAACAAAGUCCUACUAUAGUAACAUGUACAGCUAUUGGAUAAUUUCUCAUGAAGUGGCAAUAAUUAAAGCUACUUAUUUGGUGGAAGAAUUCAAGCAAUGUUAAUUUUCUCCCACAACUGCCUUCAUAUUCUCUGUAUUUAAAACAAUGAACAGAUAAAUAAUAUUAAUAGGAACUAUCAAGCUUGCAUAUCAAACUGUUAAUUGUCAGGAUAUGAAAACUUUUGUAUCUCAAAAUCUUUGUAGGGGGUCAAUACUUGUUAUAAUAUAUUGUUGAGCUAACAAUAUUAAUAGACAAUUGUAAUGAUGUGAGAAAAUUUUCCAAGAAGUGAAAUACAUAUUUUGUCCUGAUUAUCACGGGUAUCACUUUUAAUUACUAGUUUUAGAGAUAAUCAUAUUAAAGGAAGUGUAUUGAUAUUUUGAAGGGUUUGGUAAUUUUCUAUUUUUCCUCUCUGUUUAUUCUGUAUCUAGUAUGUAGAUUUAUAUAAUAAUAGUUUUAAUCAUAUAGCUUUAAAGUCUUUCAAAUCUGUUUAUAAACCUUGACAUUUUGAUUGAUAUUAUCAAUAAAUUUCUUGAAGUCUC